AUGUUGGAAGGUGUUCUUGCCUCGCUCCUUAACAGGCUUCUUGCCGCAUACGUCGACGGUCUCAAUACCAGUCAGCUCAAUGUAGGCAUCUGGUCUGGGGAUGUCAAGCUGCGCAACUUGCGCCUCAAGACAUCCGCUCUCGACAAGUUCAGAUUGCCCAUCGAUGUCAAGGAAGGCUAUCUCGGCGAUCUCACCCUCUCCAUCCCGUGGUCCAAUCUCAAAGGCAAGCCUGUUCGUAUCCUCGUUGAGAAUGUCUACCUUCUAGCAGCACCCAAGAACAGCAGCGCCGAAGUCGACGAGCAAGAAGAAGCACAACGUGCACAGGCUGCAAAGCAGGAGAAGCUGGCCAAUGCAGAGCUCCUCGGCAGAGAAAGUGGUCAGGGUGUCGGCAUGUCGAGUGAAGACGAACAAAAAAACCAGUCCUUCACUAGCUCGCUCAUCACUAAAAUCGUCGACAACCUUCAAUUCACCGUUCGCAACAUUCACAUUCGAUACGAAGAUAGCCUCUCAAAUCCAGAACAUCCCUUUUCGGCAGGUAUCACGCUCGCCGAGUUCUCCGCCGUCUCCACCGACGCCAACUGGAACCCCACCUUCAUUCAGAACAGCGGAGAUGGCAUUCACAAGCUCGCUCGCUUGGAGUCUCUGUCCGUCUAUUGGGACACUGACUCAGAGUCACUAGCAGGGCACGAGAUCUCGCAAGCCCAAAAGAAAUUCAACGCGCUUAUUGCCCGCGAUGGCAGCACACCCAGUCAUCAGUACAUCCUCAAGCCCGUCUCGGGUGCUGGUAGGCUCGUCAUGCGCAAGAAGAUGACCUCGGAGAUCCCCAAGAUGGAUGCACAGCUACUUUUCGAAGAACUCGGUUUCGCACUCGACGACGAACAGUACCGCGACGUCAUCUCGGUCGCCGACCUUUUCCACUUCUACACACGUCAAGCACAGUAUCGCAGGUUCCGUCCGUCUCCAGAAGAGCUCGAAGAGAAUAAGCCACGUGCUCUGCUGCGGUUUGCAGGCAAAGCCAUUCUCAACGAGGUUCACGAACGCCAUCGUGUCUGGAGCUGGGACUAUUUCCGCGAGCGACGCGACGAUCGAAAAGAGUACGUCGAGCUGUUCAAACACAAAGAGAAGAGCGUACAAAAGACGAAUCAGCAGCAAGCAGGUUUAGCUAUCGCUCAGAGCGACAGUGGUUCUCGCUUGGAGGAACUCGAGAAGAAGCUCAACUACAAAGAUAUUCGCUUCUACCGUUCAAUAGCGCGACACGAGUUGCGCAAAGAGUCGCUCGUAGCUAAGAAGGACGACAUUGCCAACGGUGGCACCGGUGCCAAUGCUAACGGUCAGAAAGCCGGUGGCGGCGGUGGAUGGCUCGGCUGGAUCUGGGGCGGUGGUGGUGACAAACAGCAUCAUGACCAGGAAAGCGGCAUGCUCAAUGAAGAGCAACGAAAAGAGCUCUAUGAUGCCAUCGAGUGGGACGAAGAGGCUAGUGCUGCUGCAUUGACACAGUCAGUCGACGCGCCAAGGGACGCGAUGCAUUUGCGGCUCAUCACCAAGCUCAAAACAGGUUCGGUUGCUCUCAAGGACCAUGCACGUGGUACCGACAUCCUCUCGCUCGUGUUCGACUCGCUCCAAGCCAACGUCAUUCAGCGUCAUGACAAUCUCGAAGCAGCAGUGGCACUCGGUGGGCUGCGACUCUACGACGGCACCACUCCCAACUCGCUCUACCCUCAAGUGGUGCGAGUCAAGGAUGAAGAGAUUGACAACCCAAGCCGACAGAACUCGAACGGAGGCAAUCUCAAAGCCAUCGAACACGAGAUCGACCAGGAGAGCGAUCCAGACAAUCCAUUCUUCUACGCCAAGUAUGAGCUCAAGCCACUCGACGACCGUGCCGACAACGCACUCACGCUCAAGAUGCGGUCGAUGGAGAUCAUCUAUCAUCGUGGCUUUGUUGAGUCAAUCGUGCGCUUCUUUAAGCCGCCGGAGAGCGAGCUCGAAUUGAUCGGUGCGCUGAUCGAUGUUGCCAGCGAGACUAUAGAGGGUAUCCGCAAAGAGACACGCGCAGGUCUGGAGAAUGCUCUGCAGAAUCACAAGACUAUCGAUAUGCUUGUCGACGUCAAAGCGCCCAUUAUCAUCAUCCCUGAAGAUGUGACCACGAAAAAGUGCCAGCAUAUGGUACUCGAUGCCGGUCGUAUUGCCGUGCGCUCGGUGCUUGCUGAUCAGAACGCGCUCGACACUGUGCGUUCCAAGCAGAACCGCGCUUACACUGACGAGGACUACCGUCAGCUUGAGAAUCUCAUGUACGACCGCUUCUUCGUCAAGCUUGAGUCGGCCCAGCUCGUCAUGGGCAAUGACAUCGAUUCGUGCAUGAAGGGUCUUCAUUCGAACUCGACCGAUCACGGCUUGCAUCUGCUCGAGCGCAUCAAUCUCGACUUUACGCUGCACAACUCGAUCCUCUCUUCAGCACCCAACCUGACCAAGUUCAAAAUGACCGGCCAUCUGCCUACGCUGCGCGUCAACUUCUCGGAUCGCAAGUACAAGACCUUAAUGCGCAUCAUUGAAGUUGCGAUCCCCAACUUUGAGGAUGAGACUUCGGAUGGUGAAAAUCCGACUAAAGGUCUGGGCACUAUCGAAGAGGAGCUCGAGCCCGUGGCUAUCGGCAAAGCCAGUCAGGGUGGCAAGCGAGCUGAUGAUGACGAUGGAGACAAUGACGACGACAAAGAGACAGCCAGGUCGCGGCGAACUCGAAGCAGGGCAUCCGAAACGCUUGACCUCAACAAGGCGCGUCGGCAGCGACUUGCGGGUCAGCUGCGUGGCGAGGAUGAUUAUCUGAUCGGCGCUGGUCUCGACGAUGACGAUGAUGGCAAGGACGAGUUCCAGGAUGCUGAAGAUGCUACGGUUGAUAAGGUCAAUGCGCAUCAAAAGACGUUUGAGCUCGAGUUCGUCGUCGACUCGCUUCAAGGUUCUAUCUUCCGUUCUGCCACCGAUCCUUCGCAGCCUGAUCGCUUGUUGGUGGAUGCCCGCUUCGAAGGCUUCCUGUUGCAUCUUGCUGUCUACCCUUACCAUAUGGACGUCGAUGUGGGACUGCGCAGUCUCGAGUUAGAAGACAAGAUCGUCGACCAGGGAGCGCAGUUCCGCCACCUCAUCACUUCCAAGCAUGUGAGGGAUGGUAGUUCGCGGCAAGCGACGGGCGAGUCGGGCGCUUCGUCUGGAUCCGUCUCGCCUUCAGAGCAACGUGAUCUCGUGAGCGUCAGGUACACACGCGUCAGUCCGGACUCGCCCGAGUUCAUGACCAAGUACGAAGGUAUCGACCAGACAGUCAACGUCGAGCUGUCAACCAUCAACAUCAUGCUCACGCGUGUCAGUGUGCUGGCGGUGUACGAUUGGAUCAUGACCACGUUCGUUGCUGUCGACGAGCCGAACUCAUCCACGGCGCAGUCACGGGAGCAGCAGCAACAGCGUCGACCUAGCCGAUCAUCAGAUCGACGACCGAGCGAUGCUGCCUCGAAGCGGCCUUCGAUCCGACCUUCCGAUUCAAUGCAGAACACAUCAGCAGCAACGGGAGCUGUGGCCAGUGCAGGUGAUGGUGAACGCAAGGAAAAAAUGCGGGUUCGUGUCAAGCUCAACUCGAUCGUGCUCCGUCUCAACAACGAUGGUACCCUGUUGGCGACCUUGACGCUCUCGACCGCCGAUGUUGCCGUGAUGCUGCGGGGCAACACGAUCCGAGUUGCUGCCCGUCUUGGCUCGCUUCUCCUCUAUGACAAUGCCAAACGCAGUGUCGCCGACCCGCAUUUCAAGAAGCUGCUUAGUAUUCAGGGCGAUGAGCUGGCUGACUUCACCUACGAGACUUUCGAUGACGCUGAUGCGGCUUCUUAUCCCGGCUACGAUUCGUCGAUCUGGCUGCGAUCCGGUUCGCUCAAGUUCACUUUUGUCGAAGAGCCCAUUCGUGACCUCUUGCAGUUCUUCAGCAAGUUUGCGCAAAUGAAGGCAGUUUACGACGCCGCAACACUCGCCGCUUCCAAUCAGGCUUCGCAGCUGCAAGAGCGUGUUGACAAGAUGCACUACGACAUCAUCAUCAAGACACCUAUCGUUGUUCUGCCUAGGUCGGCUGACUCGCCGGAUGUCAUGACGGCCAAUCUGGGUGAGAUUUACGCCAAGAACACCUUUGCGCUUCGUGACAAGGAGGCCAUUACCAAGAUCGAAGCGGGUCUGCGACAUAUUCGUCUCGCGUCGAGGAUGCGGUAUGGUAGUCAGGAGUAUCAUGUACAGAUGAUUGAUGAUGUUAAUAUCUCCCUUGAUAUGGUGCAGUCGGAUCGAGGUGGGGCUAGUCCAGGUGCAGUUAGUGACAGUCCAGAGACGCAGAUGGUUGCGAAGAUGUCGGAUGUGCAUAUCAAACUGACCGAGGCGCAGUAUUGUUUUGUGAUGGAGUUGACGCAGUCUAUUCCGCGUGCGUUUGCUGGGUUGGCUGAGGAGGCGAAUGCUGAUGAUGAUGGAACGACAGCGUCUGGUGCCGUUACUCCAGCUACUCCAGCAGCCUCGACGCCAGGUGCAAACCAGGGCGUAGGGAAGGGUCAGCCUCUGCCUCUGCCGUCGCGUCCGAACAAAGCGGGAACUACCACUCCAGGCAAGAGUGGUACUGCAACUCCCGUAACCGCUGCGCCUCCCAGCAAAGGCCCUGGUGUCGACAUGCUUCCUGAGCUGGGCACUAUCGUGCACAACGACGAUGGAGAUACACCUGUCCAUACGAGUCUCGACAUGUUCUUCGACGUCAAUUCGAUUCAGCUCGAGCUCUUCACUGCGGCUGCAACAGGUCAAGAGACACUGUACAACGCUCAGCUGGCGCGAUUCUCCAUCAACGGCUCAGAAGUCAAGCUCAAGAUGCUCUCGGAUAACUCACUCGAGGCUGAGGUGGCGCUCAAAACGUUCACUGUUACGGAUCAGAGACCGGAUAAGGACACUAAGUUCCGCGAGAUCGUUCCUGCCGUCAAGCACGAUGGACAUCAGUUCAUGAUGAGCUAUAGUGUCUCGGGCGGUGAUGAUGGGUCAGCCUUGGCGCUUGUUACUGUUGACAGUCCCAAGGUGAUCUUUUCGCUGGAUCCGGUCUUUGCCCUGCUCAACUUCUUCAUGAGUGCGUUCCCUGAUACGCCUCCGGCUGAAGAGAGGGAGGAUAAUGGGACGACUGCGGCGAACAACAACAAUGCUAGUGGCGGUGCUGGUGCUGCCCAACCAGGCAAUAAUGCUGCUGGUGGAGAUGGCACACAAGCUGCCGCUGCGGCUGGCACCUUGUCCUUCCGCGUCAAUGUGGUCGAUCCAACCAUCAUCCUUCUCGCUGCUCCUGAGCGUCAUGAUACCGAGGCGAUCGUGCUUUCGAUCAAACAGGUGCUCAUGUCGCAGCAAGGUAUCUUGGCGCUCAAGGUGGAUCAGUUCGGCAUGUUCAUGUGCAGGAUGCAUCGUCCAAAGGAUACCCUGCGACUGCUUGAUAACCUGGAUAUGGCUCUUUCGAUGGAUAGCCGCGUCAGUGCUACAAGCUCGUUGACCAGUAUCGAGGUCGACGUGGAACCGCUGGUGUUGCGUGUCUCGAUGCGAGACAUCAUGAUGAUCCAGAGCGUUGUCAAUAAGGCGAUCGAGCUGUCGUCACAGCAGCUUUCCGCGGUGGGUAGGAGUGAUGCCAAGAGUAUCACUUCUUCGCAGCGUAGGCAGAGCUCGAUGACUAGCGAUAGUCAUACCAUUGACUCUCUCACCAGAGUGCCUAAGUUCGGUCAAGAUGAUGGCAAGAGUAGCACAACGAUCGACGGUCGACCACCACAGCGUAUUGAAGAUGCCGAGCUUGUUGUCGCAAAAGAGUCGCUUCGGGCUGACUUUGCGGGCUUGCAGGUGAUCCUGAUUGGUGAUGCUCAUUCGUUGCCCAUGCUCGAUCUUAAUGUUUCGAAGUUUGCGGUUGAUGUGAGAGAUUGGUCGGGCGAUAUGCAUGGCAGUACCUUCCUCGAUCCGUACAUCAAUUAUUACAACCUGUCGAGGUCGCAUUGGGAGCCGCUCAUCGAUCCAUGGGGUGUUCAGUUCCACAUGGAGUCGAGUGCUUCUCCGGCUCGCUUCAACGCUACAAUCUCGAGCAAGAAGAGGUUGGAGCUCAACGUCACCACAACUCUCAUCGAGACUGGUCUGUCGGCUCUCAACAUGAUGAGCGAAGUAGACAUUCAGGAUCUGCAGCAACGCAAUCGUGCGCCGUUUGUCAUUCAGAACCGGACUGGUUACCGCAUCUCGCUCUGGCCCGAGAAUGAUGAGCGGGAACGCAAGAGCAAGACUUCACCACAGCAUCUCGAUGAUGGCAAAGACAUGCCUUGGAGGUUUGACGACUGGAAGGCGAUGCGCGAGCAUAUUCACGAGAGUGGAGGCAAUCGGCUUUCGCUUCAGAUCGAUGGGAUGCCGUGGGAGCGAUUAAGGCAUAUCUCGGUUGACAGGGAAGGGGAGUAUAUGUUGACGCUGAGGCCUAAGCUGGAUAAGGUGGCGCACCGGAUUCAGUACGAGGUGAAGCUGCAUAACAACGUCAAGUAUAUUACUUUCAGGUCUUCGUUCAAGAUCGAGAACAAGACACUGAUUCCGAUCGAGAUGGUCAUACUGGAUCACGAGGGUAAGGUGACGGACCAGGUGAGGCGGAUCGGGCCUGGUGAGGACUGUCCUGUUCCCAUCGAAGCUGCUUAUCACUGCAGAGUCAAGAUCAGACCUGAUCCAGGGUUCGAAUAUGAUUGGUGUCAAGAGUCUCUCAACUGGCAAGAUCUGCUGAAAAAGUCAACGCGCACCCUAACUUGCAAGGCACAUGAUGAAGGCGAGGCGCCAUUCAGAUUCCAAAGUUUCGCCAUCUACGAUCGACAGGAUCCCAACAGCCGACAGUAUCCCCGACUUACGCUGCGAUUGCGUGCACCUGUCGAAGUGGAGAAUCUCUUACCGUACGACAUCCAGUAUCGCAUCUUUGACAAGAACCUCAAUCAUAACUGGUCGAGUUACCUGCGCAAAGGUGGAAUCAGUCCGAUACAUGUAGUGGAGUUAUCGCAUCUGUUGUUGCUCAGUGUGGAUAUUCAGUCUUCGUGUUUCUCGCCUAGCGAGUUUGCGAUCAUUGCGACGGAUAAUCCGGACGAUUUCCCAGUGGAGAAGAUGUUAACGCUGGCAGAUGCGGAGAACUUGAAGCUGAACCUGAGGUUGCAUUACCAGAAGCAUCCUGAUUCGGGUGGAGCAUUCAAGGUUCAGAUCUAUUCUCCGUACAUCUUUAUCAAUCAGAGCGGAUUGCCAUUUGCGUUGAAGACCAAGUCUUGGUUGGGGAGUGCGAAGUUGGUUGCCGGUCAAGAUCAAGGUGGGGUUUCGGCAGCGAUUAGGAAGGAGCGGGAACCGUUUUUGUUCUCGCACAACUCGAAUGAUAGGAGGAAUAGAGUGCUGAUGCGGGUAGGGGAUUCGCAGUGGUCGAAACCGUUAUCGUUUGAAGCGAUCGGGUCGGAGACCGAGGUGGUGAUUGCUUCGGCUAGUAGGAAUGAAGAGAUUCAUGUGGGGUUGACGGUGGAAGAUGGGUUGGGAAAGUUCAAGUUAUCGAAGGUGGUGAAGUUGACGCCGAGGUAUUUGGUGAGGAAUCGACUUAGCGAGCCGUUAAAUCUGAGGGAAGCGGGUGCGGCGGACUUUGUCACGAUCGAUCCGGGGCAGAGGGUGCCAUUAAGGUUCUUGCGAGUGGGUGCGACCAAGCAGAUGACGCUUGCCUAUCCUGGCAUCAACAAUAAGUGGAGUGCGCCGUUCAAUAUCGAAGAUGUUGGAAGCGUCUUCUUGCGUCUCGCUAAGGAUGGGAAGUCGCAGCAGCUUAUCAAGGCCGAAGUAUUGCUCGAAGGUCCGACGAUCUUUAUCUCGCUAGGGUUGGAGACUGGACCAUGGCCGUUCAUGCUGCGCAACGAAAGUGACUAUACGGUGCAGUUCAUGCAGGCUACUGAGCGAGAAGAAGAGGGGAGUGGGAAGAGGAUCGAUGAAGCGGUGGGUAAGAGGUAUGAACUGAAGCCGAAAAGUAAGAUGAAGUACGCAUGGGACUAUCCAGCUGUCAAGAACAAGAUGAUUAAGUUGGUUGCGAAUGGGAGAGAGAGGAAUGUGAACAUUUUGGAGAUUGGGAGUUUGCUGCCUUUCAAAGUUGCUCCAGCGGAUAGGGAUAAGGAAGGGGUGAUAGCGUUGGAUGUGAGGGCAGAUGGACCGACGCAGACAUUGGUAUUGAGUAAUUGGGUACCAGAGUUGAGCAACUUCAAGCGCAAACGUGGUGGACCGCACUCGACCUUCUCCCGCACAGAUACGAUGUCGAGCGUUAACAGUAAAGAAGCUCAGUUCGUAGCAGUCGAUGUCGAUACGAACAUCCUUACAGCGUUCAACGUCGAGUUUGAAGGAGUCGGAAUUUCGCUCAUCAACCAAAACGUUCAAGAACUGGCGUAUGUCAGCUUUAGAGGGUUGGAAAUGCACUAUACUGAAUCCGAGGUGACCACGGCGGUCAAUGUGAUUUGUAAGUGGAUUCAAAUCGAUAAUCAGCUCUUUGGUGGGUUGUUCCCCAUUGUACUGUAUCCGACGGUCAUUCCGAAGGAUGGGAAGGAUUUGGAAGUGCAUCCGACUUUGCAGGCUUCAGUGAUCAUGUUGAAGGAUCAAUCGCAUGGUGUGAUGCAUAUCAAGUACGCAUCCGUGUUGCUGCAGGAGAUCACGGCCGAGUUGGACGAAGAUUUCCUGUUUGCGCUUUACGAAUUCAGCAAAUUCAAAGGUGCCGCUUGGCAACUCGAGGCGGAGAAGGAGACGGAUUUCAUCGAGCAUCCGAGAGAAGUUCCCGAGCCGAGUGGAGCGCAGAGUACGACGGAUGAUAUCUAUUUCGAGAUCCUGCAUCUUCAACCUAUCUUGCUGAACCUUUCGUUCAUGAGGACGGAGAGGGUCAAUGCGGAUGAAAAGGUCAGUUCUCGAAACCCGCUUAUCUUUUUCUUCAACGCGCUUACGAUGGCGUUGGGAAAUGUAAACGAGGCACCGGUACGACUGAAUGCGUUGGUGAUCGAAAACGUUCGUCUUAGCAAUGCGGUUUUGCAGCAGAGGAUCAUCUAUCAUUAUUCGCAAGGCUUCCUUUUGCAGCUUUACCGGGUCUUGGGUUCGGCGGAUUUCUUGGGUAACCCGGUUGGAUUGUUUAACAAUGUUUCCUCAGGAGUAGCGGACAUCUUCUACGAGCCGUACCAAGGCUUGGUUAUGCACGGCAACAAGGAGUUGGGAUUGGGAAUUGCGAGGGGAGCGAGUAGUUUUGUCAAGAAAACGGUGUUCGGCUUGACCGAUUCCGUCUCCAAGGUCACUGGAUCGAUCGGGAAAGGUUUAGCGGCAGCUACGAUGGAUAAAGAGUUCCAAUCUCGUCGAAGGAUGACUAGGUUUAGGAACAAGCCUAGACAUGCGUUGUAUGGGAUCACAGCCGGUGCCAACUCCUUUUUUACCUCGGUGGCGAGCGGGUUUGAAGGGUUGGCCUUGAGGCCGUUGGAAGGCGCAGAGCAGGGUGGUGCUGGUGGCUUCCUCAAAGGUGUUGGAAAGGGGCUGGUCGGAGCGAUCACCAAACCUGUCGUCGGAGUUUUCGAUUUGGCAAGUAACGUAACGGAAGGAAUGAGGAAUACGACGAUGGUCUUUGAUCAGAAUGAUAUUGAUCGUGUUCGACUCCCCCGUUACAUUGCAUCGGACGGCAUUGUGCGGCCUUACUCUGAUCGGGAAGCUCUCGGUCAGACUUGGCUCAAGAACGUCGAUAAUGGACGGUUGAUGAAGGAUAGCUAUGUGGCUCACGUGGAUACAGCCUCGCAAGAGGCCGAUUCCGUGAUCAUGCUGACGGUUAGUAGGAUUCUGUUUAUAAGGACGAUGCGGUUGAAGGUCAUGUGGGAAGUUCCACUUAGUGAUCUCAGCAGUAUCUCUUUGGAAAGCGAAGGAAUUGCGUUGGUGCUGAGGGGUGGAGUGCAGGGACCCUUUUUGCAUCUGCCGGAUGUGAGUACGAGGAAUUGGUUGUUUAAACAGGUUAGUAGGGUAGUUAGGGGGUAUAAUGAUUCCCGUCAGUCCUAG